AUGAGUGAACCGAAGACUAAAGAAACCCCCACUUAUGCAUUUGGUACUGAAGUUUGGGUAAAUGUGUUCAAUUGUAUUUGGUGGCCGGGUAUAGUUGUUGAUUCUCUUAAGAUACCACAAGAAAUAUUAGUUUAUUUCAACAACGUUGAACAUAUUGCAGUUGUUAAAUUUGAACAUGAUAACAAACAUGUAGUUGUUGGCAGAAAUGAUCAAAUAUUCCUAUACUCGUGUGAUCGCAAAAUAGAAUUUGUUGAAAAAGGAUUGUCAUUAUUAAAACAACAAGAAAAAGGACAGCCUAUAGUUAAACAUGAAUUUAACAUGAAUAAUUUUAAGAAAGAUGUAAUAUCAAUGGAACGUCUUCUUGGAGGUGAUAUGUAUAUUUUUGAAAAUUUAGAGAAAAAACGAGAAACACUGAAGUCCAUCAUGAAAGAACCAUUCACUCAAACUAAUACAAAAAACUAUAAUACUAUGACAUAUAAACCAACAACAUCAACUGGUCAUAGUUGUCAAUCACAAGUAGGCUGUAACUUCACAACUAUUCGCUCUGUUAACUUAAAACAGCAGAUGGCAAUCGAUAAAAACGAGACAGAUGUGGUUAUGACCAAUAAAUCAUCAACCAAUACUAUCUCAAAUAAACGAAAGGAUUUAAAGACUGAAUCAGAGGUUAAAAAACAAAAACUGGUGAUGAAAGAUGAAGAACUCAAUACAAGCAAGGAUAAUACGAAACAAUUGUCUGAUAAUGUUACAGAAUCUUCAAUUAAUGAAGAAGUUGUAGAAACAACGAGUGCGGUCGGUACUUUAGACCAAAUAAACAAUUUUGAAAAUUCAUUGAGUUGCAUUUCGAGUAAUAUAAAUAAUUCCGAUGCAAAUAUAUUGAUUGAAGAUAACAAUGGUAUUGGUGUAUCUGAGUUAAGAGAAUAUGGAUCUCCACUAAUAAAAGGUUUGUUGGGGAUUGAUAGUCUAUAUUAUAAUGAAAUAGUUAGUAAUGACGUUGAUAUUCCAUUAGUUGAAAAUAUGUCUAUUGAAACAGAAGACCUUGCAAUUGUUGUGGAGAAUACUAAUGGCAAGGAGAAAGUUUCAAAUGAUGUAGAAGUUAAUCAGUUGAAUGGUACCACAGUCGGUAAUGCUAUGCCUAUCGAGAACUCUUGUUCUGUAGAUAGUACAUCUAAUAAAAUAGAUUGUGAAGAUGAAAUCACUAAAAUAAACGACUGCCUAAUAGAUGGUGUACCAAACGCUGAAUGGACGAAAGAAGACGGUUGGGAAUCCAAACCACCUGCACUGAGAGAAGGUAAUAACUAA